AUGGAAGACGCCCACUGUAAAACUGUGGACGAGGUGUUGAACUACUUCAACUGUGAUCAGGAAAAAGGAUUAUCGCCGGACCAGGUCAAGAGGAACCAAGAGAAAUAUGGUCUCAAUGAAUUGCCAGCCGAGGAGGGAAAGAGCAUUUGGCAACUUGUUUUAGAACAAUUCGAUGAUCUUUUAGUUAAGAUUCUUCUGUUAGCCGCUAUCAUUUCUUUCGUAUUAGCUUUAUUUGAAGAGCACGAUGACGCGUUCACAGCCUUCGUGGAGCCAUUCGUUAUCCUGCUCAUCCUUAUCGCGAACGCGGUGGUGGGAGUGUGGCAGGAGCGUAACGCGGAGUCCGCGAUUGAAGCCCUGAAAGAAUACGAGCCAGAGAUGGGAAAAGUCGUCCGAGCCGACAAAUCCGGAGUCCAGCGGAUCAGAGCCAAGGAAAUUGUCCCCGGAGACAUCGUUGAGGUGUCUGUAGGAGACAAGAUCCCAGCUGACAUCCGUCUGAUAAAGAUCUACUCCACCACCCUCAGGAUUGACCAGUCCAUCUUGACCGGAGAGUCAGUCUCAGUGAUAAAGCACACUGACGCGAUCCCCGACCCCCGAGCCGUCAACCAGGACAAAAAGAACAUCCUCUUCUCCGGAACGAACGUCGCCGCCGGUAAGGCCCGAGGUGUAGUAAUGGGAACUGGUCUGAACACCGCUAUUGGUAAAAUCCGUACCGAGAUGUCAGAGACAGAAGAAAUCAAGACUCCCCUGCAGCAGAAAUUGGACGAGUUCGGUGAGCAGCUGUCGAAGGUCAUCACCGUCAUCUGUAUCGCCGUCUGGGCCAUCAACAUUGGCCACUUCAACGACCCAGCUCACGGUGGCUCCUGGAUCAAGGGUGCCAUCUACUACUUCAAAAUCGCCGUCGCUCUUGCUGUCGCUGCUAUCCCUGAAGGUCUGCCUGCUGUCAUCACCACUUGUCUUGCCCUGGGAACCCGUCGUAUGGCCAAGAAGAACGCCAUCGUCAGAUCUCUGCCCUCCGUCGAAACUCUUGGUUGUACUUCUGUAAUCUGCUCUGACAAAACCGGUACUCUCACCACCAACCAGAUGUCCGUCAGUCGCAUGUUCGUCUUUGAGAGGAUCGAAGGCAAUGACAGCGCUUUCAACGAGUUCGAAAUCACUGGAUCCACUUACGAACCCAUUGGUGAUGUCUAUCUCAAGGGAUCCAAGAUUAAGGGCGCUGACUAUGAAGCUCUUCAUGAGCUUGGUACUAUCUGUAUCAUGUGUAACGACUCUGCUAUUGAUUUCAACGAAUUCAAACAGGCUUUCGAGAAGGUCGGUGAAGCCACUGAAACAGCUUUGAUUGUCCUCGCCGAGAAAAUCAACCCCUUCGGAGUCCCCAAGACCGGAUUGGACAGACGUACAGCAGCCAUUGUCGUCCGCCAGGACAUUGAGACCAAAUGGAAGAAAGAAUUCACCCUUGAGUUCUCCCGUGACCGUAAAUCUAUGUCAUCUUACUGCGUACCCCUCAAGCCCUCAAAACUUGGAACUGGCCCGAAAUUGUUCGUCAAGGGAGCGCCUGAGGGAGUUUUGGACAGAUGUACGCACGCACGUGUCGGCACCAGCAAAGUUCCUCUUACUUCCACCCUGAAGAACCGCAUCUUGGACCUCACCCGUCAAUACGGUACUGGCCGCGACACUCUCCGUUGUCUGGCUCUUGCCACCGCUGACCACCCAAUGAAGCCCGACGAGAUGGACCUCGGAGACUCGAACAAGUUCUUCAUGUACGAAAAGGACCUCACCUUCAUCGGAGUCGUCGGUAUGUUGGACCCGCCACGUAAGGAAGUUUUCGACUCAAUUGUCCGUUGCCGGGCCGCUGGAAUCCGUGUCAUUGUCAUCACUGGUGACAACAAAGCCACCGCUGAAGCCAUCUGCAGACGUAUUGGAGUCUUUACUGAAGAUGAAGACACUACUGGUAAAUCUUACUCUGGUCGUGAAUUCGAUGACUUGCCCAUUGCUCAACAGAGGGAAGCUUGCUCCAGGGCGAGAUUGUUCUCCCGUGUGGAGCCUUCUCACAAAUCCAAGAUUGUUGAAUACUUGCAGAGCAUGAAUGAAAUUUCUGCUAUGACUGGUGAUGGUGUAAACGACGCUCCAGCUUUGAAAAAAGCCGAAAUUGGUAUUGCCAUGGGUUCAGGAACUGCUGUCGCAAAAUCUGCGUCUGAGAUGGUGUUGGCUGACGACAAUUUCUCAUCAAUCGUCGCCGCUGUUGAGGAGGGUCGUGCCAUUUACAAUAACAUGAAACAAUUCAUCCGUUAUCUUAUCUCUUCCAACAUUGGUGAAGUUGUCAGUAUUUUCUUGACUGCCGCUCUUGGUCUUCCUGAGGCCCUUAUCCCAGUUCAGCUCUUGUGGGUCAACCUCGUAACUGAUGGUCUUCCAGCUACCGCCCUCGGUUUCAAUCCACCCGAUCUCGACAUCAUGGACAAGCCACCGCGUAGAGCUGGUGAAUCAUUGAUCUCCGGAUGGUUGUUCUUCCGUUACCUCGCUAUUGGUGGCUACGUCGGUGCCGCUACCGUAGGAUCCGCUGCCUGGUGGUUCAUUUUGUCUGAGAACCAGUCAUUGAUCACUAUGCCACCAUGGUCGAAUAUGUGGCUCAUUGCCUCCAUGGCACUUUCAUUCACACUCCACUUUGUCAUUCUUUACGUUGAAGUUCUUUCGUCUGUGUUCCAAGUGACUCCAUUAUCAGGAGAUGAAUGGAUGACUGUAAUGAAGUUCUCAAUACCUGUAGUACUGCUCGACGAGACCCUGAAGUUCGUCGCCAGAAAAAUAACUGACGGUGAGAAUCCCAUAUACACCAUUCACGGGAUUAUUCUUAUGUGGGCCGUAUUUUUUGGACUAUUACUCUACGGGCCCUUUUAG